GGGAACAAUUCCCUUUCUUAGAAAAUUGGGAAUGUUUCCGCAGCAGAACAACACUUUAUUAUACUAUUGGUAUGUUGGUGUUCAUGGAAGAUAGCCAAUUGAAAUUCAAAUCUUCAAUGGAACCUUUCCUACAGGUUUUGGUUAGAUUGAAUUCAACACCCGAUGCAUUAUUCCAAUCAGAUGCUGUGAAAUAUGCAUUUAUUGGGUUGAUGCGUGACCUUCGAGGAAUAGCAAUGGCAACUAAUAGUCGAAGAACAUAUGGGUUCCUUUUUGAUUGGCUUUAUCCUGCGCACAUGCCAAUUCUUUUGAAAGGCCUUUCACAUUAUGCUGAAGUUCCAGAGGUAUGCUACAUAUUUUUCAUUCGCUGCUGUUUUCUGGGUGAUCACAAAGUAACUGAUGCAAUUUGAGGAAUAAUAUCAAUGUUGUCAAGAUCGAG